ACGACCUUUGUCAUUGGAAAUUUCCUGAACACUUUGGUAUCUAGUUGACCAUCCCAGCUUAUGAAAGAAGCUCUGUUCUUUGUCUAUAAGGGGAGUUUAAAUUCUCUGUUAUGUGAAACCCACAUACCUACAUACAUACACUUCCACAUAACAUAAUUUUUCAUGGGAACGGGAACGGGAAUGGGAUCGUCCUGAUGCAGACACUUUGCCACGAUGAUGAGCGCUCUGCCUUGUUACAAUUCAAAGCUAGUUUCACUAUAGACAAGUCUGCUUCCCAAGAUCCCUUUGCUUAUCCGAAAGUUGCAUCCUGGGUUAGUCUAGAAGGAGAUCCUAAAAGGAGUAACUGUUGUUCAUGGGAUGGUGUUGAAUGCAACGACGGUUCGGGCCACGUUAUUGGCCUUGACCUUGCCAGUAGCUGUCUUCAUGGUUCCAUCAACUCCAAUAGCAGUCUUUUUCAACUUGUUCAGUUGCAGCGGCUUGACCUCUCUGACAAUAACUUCAGCUUCUCUCAAAUACCAUCCAGGUUAGGCCAUGAUCUUACUAGUCUAACAUAUCUCAAUCUUUCAAUGUCUUCAUUUUCUGGCCAAAUUCCUUCCGAAAUUUCAUAUCUAUCCAAGCUAUCUACACUUCAUCUGUCUUCAUAUGUGCCUCCUCUCGAAAUGCCUCGUCUCAAAAUGCCUCCUCUCAAAAUGCCCAACUUCAGAGUUCUAGUUCAGAACUUAACCAACAUAAAACAGCUUCAUCUUUUUGACGUCGAGAUACGCUCCACAGUGCCUAAUACAUUGGUGAAUAUGUCUUCUCUCACAUCUCUCCGUCUUCAAGCUUGUAAAUUGGAGGGGCAAUUCCCAGUAGGCAUUUUCCACCUACCAAACUUGCAAGUACUUGAUUUGGCCAAUAACUUUGAUCUAACCGGUUAUUUUCCUGAUGACCUUAACACCAGCAGUCCCUUGAAGAUAUUGAAUUUGCAGGCAAGCGAUUUCUCUGGUCAUAUACCUGCUUCAAUCAGAAAUCUUCGUGCCUUGCAUUUGCUGAACAUACGAUCCUGUAACUUUUAUCCCCAUGUUCCAUCUUCACUUUCCAACGUUACCCAGCUCAAUUUCCUUGAUCUUUCUUCCUUUUAUGACUAUAGUUAUCUACCUGACCUUCCAACAAUCCAUACUUUCAGUGGCCAAGUUUCAGAUUUCUGGUCUUGGGUUGGAAAGCUGACCAAACUUAACCACUUGUCCCUUGAUGGUAACUACUUAAGGGGAGAUUUGCCAUGUUCUUUGGCUACUUUGACUCAACUUUUGGUAUUAGACUUGAACCAGAAUCUAAUAACUGGUGAAAUCCCAUGUUGUUUGGCUAAUUUGACACAACUUUUGAAAUUAGACUUGGGCCGCAAUCAAAUAACCGGUCAAAUCCCAUCUUGCCUUGUGCAGCUGAGCCAAUUAACUUUGUUAGACGUACGAUUCAACAAUCUGAAAGGAGCAAUUCCCAGGUCACUAUUCGACCUAAGAAAUCUUAAACAUAUUUACCUCCACUCAAAUAACUUGAGUGGGUCUGUUGAAUUGGACGAGUUUUCCAAGCUCAAAAAGUUGCGAGGACUUCGUUUGUCGCUCAACAAGUUCUCUGUGCAGAUUAAAACUGGAUUUAAUGCUAUUGCUCCAAAGCUUGAAGUACUAGGAUUGGGUUCAUGCAACUUAAUGGAGUUUCCGGAAUUUUUGAAAUACACUAGUCAACUGGAGGAUCUAGAUCUUUCUGACAACAAUCUUCAUGGCCAUAUACCAAAAUGGAUGUGGAAUUCAACUGGUGAAACUUUGAGGUUUCUCAACCUCUCUCACAACCACUUAACUGGAUUUGAAGAAAAUCCGGUCAUUAUUCCAUGGCGUGGGUUAUACUCUUUACAGCUCGACUCUAACAUGUUACGAGGAUCACUGCCAAUUCCAUCGCCGUCAAUGUCAUACUAUUUUGUUUCAAACAAUGAAUAUGCAGGAGAAAUUCCAGCAACAUUCUGCAACAUAUGGCCACUAUGUAUUCUUGAUUUGUCUAACAACAACCUGAAUGGCAUGAUUCCCCAAUGUUUUGAUAAUCUCAGAUUUCUUCAGAUAUUGAGACUGCAGAACAAUUCUUUUCAUGGGGAUAUUCCUCAGAUAGGUUCAAAAAGAUGCUUGUGGUUAAGAGGGAUUGACUUGAGUUAUAAUCAGCUACAAGGGAAGCUCCCAAGAUCAAUUGCCAAUUGUUCUAAGUUGUUGUUUCUUAAUUUGGGAAAUAAUCAGAUCAGUGAUGCCUUCCCAUCUUGGUUAGGAGUGCUUCAACAAUUGAAAGGUCUCAUUUUGCGGUCUAAUGCAUUUCAUGGUAUAAUUGGGAAGCCUACAAGUAGCCAUGAGUUCCCUCAGCUGUCCAUCAUUGAUUUAUCUAGCAAUGAUUUUUCAGGUAUCUUGCCUUCCAAGUACUUAGAGAACUGGAAUGCCAUGAAAUCUGUUGAUGCAAACGAGAAUAUAUACCUCCAAUCCAUGUUCUUCUUUGGCGGGACGUAUCUAGAAACAUUCUACUAUGAUUACAGAAUUACAGUUUUUAGCAAAGGUGUUGAAUUGGAGUAUUUCAAGACCCCUUAUCUUAUGAGACUCAUAGACCUCUCAAGUAACAGAUUUGUGGGAGAGAUUCCAGGUAUCAUUGGGAACCUAAGAGGGCUUAAUCUGCUUAAUCUUUCCAACAACACUCUCACUGGUCUCAUCCCUCCAUCUUUGGGGAACUUGAUUGCUCUUGAAUCGUUAGAUCUCUCCCAAAAUCAGCUCUCAGGAAAGAUCCCCAGUGGUCUGGCACAUUUGACAUUCCUUGCAUACUUUAAUGUAUCCCAUAAUCGUCUUUUGGGUUCUAUUCCACAAGGUCGACAAUUUGAUACAUUCCAAGAGGAUAUGUACCAAGGAAACUCAGGUUUGUGUGGAAAACCUAUGUCAAAGAAAUGUGAAGAUUCUGAGAGCACAACACCACAAACAACCUUUGAACAGGACGAAGACUCUGGGUUUCAAAUUGAGCUAGAUUGGUUUGUGGUUCUGCCAGGAGUUGUGGCUGGUAUAAUAGUAGGAAUGGUUGUGGGAAACUUUUGGACAGCCAAGAAACAUGACUGGUUUGUGGAGACAUUCAGCAGGAGGAGGUAGCUGAGAAGCACAAGGCGGAGGAGGGGACUCAGAACUUAGUCCUUAUUUUAUCCAUGUAUUUAAGUGGCCAAUUCAUGAACAUUAGCUUCAUGUGCUUAGUGUUUAGAGCAGCAUUGGGGCUAAUAUCAUGUUGUUCUUAAUUUCUUAUGCAUUGUGUAUUUUUUCGUUCGGUUUGUAUGU